GGACCGGGUUUUAUUUUUUUAUUUUUUAAACACCGCCCCCCUCUGCCUCUGUGGUGCGUUUGUUUGUGUGUCGGCGAGUCCCGGCGGUGUAACCGGAGAGGGGCCUGACGGAGGGAAUGCAGGACGGCAAUGGAGCACAAUGUAAUCCAGUGGUUGGGUGCUCCCUCCUGCCAGCGAGGCAGCUACGCCUUCUACAAGUCGGUGAGCAGCAGAGCUCAGCCCGAUGGGCCCGUCCAGGUCUGGAGGCUCGGGGAGUUUUACCUUAUCCGCUGUGGGCCGCAGGAUCCCGUGUGCAUCGCUGAGGUGACCUUACUGUGGGAAGACCAGACCCGGAGCCACCUUCUGUCCAGCGCCAGACUCUACUUCUUACCUGAAGACACGCCAAAGGGCCGGACCAGGGAGCACGGAGAGGAUGAGGUGUUGGCCGUGUCCAGGAAGAUGGUGCUGCGGGUGGAGGACCUGGUGAAAUGGUCGUGUGCGGAGCCGACAGGUUGGAGUAGCACUUCAAAGCUGACGCCGCCCUGUGGAACCAACGGCCUCCACAAACCUCCGCAGAGCAGCGAUGGCAACGUCAACACUUUACUGGACAAGAGCAUCGAGCCGCUUCAAGGAAAAGCUGAGAAGGGCCCGUCGGACCGUCAAAGCAUCAAAGUGCUCAGCUACCCGCAGUACUGCCGCUUCCGCUCGCUGCAGAGACGCAUCCAGGAUGGUGCGAGGGGGCCGGGGCUGCAGGACCCCCACCUGUUGGCCCUGGGCGGCGUCAGGGCGCUGCCCAGCAUCCGGCUGAUGUACUGCAGGGACACGUUCAACCACCCGACACUGGAGACCAGCGCCAGCUUCUCCUGGCAGUUCG